UGUCAACAUGUCAUGCAUCGUAAUGUAAUCGUAAUGCAUCGUAAUGUAAUUUAUCCCAGUUAUGAUACUGUAACCGUCGAAUGCAAUUGUGAGGGCUAUAUCAGAGAACAGAAAUAAUUCAAUAAUAUGAAACAUUGGUGAAUGUUUGAAAGAAGAAUACUAUUUUCAGCCUUCAGCGACUUUUAUUUGAUGAGGAACAUUUAUUUUCACCACGUCCUUUCCAUGUAACAUUGUGGAACGAUUCAACCAGUUUCAACGUCAACGUUACCCCUGAACUCAACUUGCAAUAAUGGCAAGCUGCAUGAAUUGGCAUGGUAAACGAGUUACAAUGGAUUAACUGAGAGAGGGGAGCAAGCCCGGAGGAUAGGGGCCUUCAUUCUACCAUGGCCUCAGAACUCCAUGAGACAAUAUGUAUGGCAAAGCAGGAACGCCACAAGAAUUUGUUUCUCAAUUACAGGAAUCUGAACAACUUUCCUGUCGAACUUCUGAAAGAUGAGGGACUGCAGUUUUUGGAAAGACUUUACAUGAAGAGGAACUCCCUUACAAGUUUGCCUGACAAUCUUGCACAAAAACUUCCAAAUCUGAUCGAACUGUAUUUGCACUCAAACAAUAUUGCCAUCAUUCCUGAAGCUAUAGGAAAUUUAGCCAAGCUACAGUCCCUGGAUCUGAGUGACAAUGCCCUACAGGUUAUAUGUCCUGAGAUUGGUCGGCUGAGGUCUUUACGCCACUUGCGAUUGGCCAACAACCAGUUGAAGUUCCUUCCUCAAGAGAUCGGGGAUCUGCGUGAGCUGGAGACCCUGGACGUGUCCAUGAACCUGCUAAGCUCUCUGCCCGAGCGGCUCCACCAGUGCCUGUCCCUGCAGUGCCUGACGGCCGACCGGAACAACCUGCGCUGCCUUCCGCGCCAGCUCUGCCAGCUGCACAGCCUCAACGAGCUCUCCAUGGCCGCCAACUGCCUGGCCUCGCUGCCCCUCGAUCUCGGGCGCUCACGGGAGCUGCAGUUUGUCUUUGUGGACAACAACAUUCACCUGAAAGGCCUUCCAUCCUACCUGUACAACAAAGUCAUCGGCUGCAGCGGAUGUGGGCUGUCAGCGCAGGUGUCUGAUGUGAAGCUGGUCACCCUGGCGCUGGGGGAGAUGACCGUGACCCUGCCGGUGGAAGUGAAGGCCAUUGGCUCGGAGCUGGAUCAGGUGGUGCCCCUGGAGGAGCUGGCCAUGAGGGCCCUGCACAGCAUGUACAACGGCCCCCCAAAAGGUGUGAAGAUCCUGCCUCCCAUCCUGUUGCCUAAGAGCCUGCUAGACCUCCUGCAGUGCCCGCUGGGACACUGCCACCGCUGCAGCCAGCCCAUGUUUACCAUCGUCUACCCCAAGCUCUUCCCCCUGCGCGAGACGGCCCUGGCGGGCGUCCACAGGAGAACCACAGUGAGUUUUGUGGCAUAUUGCUGCUCCAGUCAGUGUUUGAGGACAUUUGACCUGCAGGGAUGACAAGCGUAGGUGUGGCGCCCUCUCCCUCCCUCCUGUUCUCCUCUCAGUGCACUGAAGGCUGCCCUCAUCCACAUGAAGGGAACGGAGGAUUGUGUUUUUCUCCCACUCUCUACGGCUGCUACAGCUAAACGGACUACAGAGAGCAGAUGCUACACUUAUCUUGUCCCACAAACCACUUAUGAAGGAGAAGGCCCCAGCAAAGGGACACGGGGCCAACGAUGGCGAUGAAUGUCACAACCCCUCCCCCCCCCCCACCACACACACACACACACAC